GGUCUACCUACAAUCUGGUAUGCUACUUCACCAACUGGGCCCAGUAUCGGCCAGGCCUGGGGCGAUUCACACCUGAUGACAUUGACCCUUGCCUGUGUACUCACCUGAUCUAUGCCUUUGCUGGGAUGCGGAACAAUGAGAUCACUACCAUAGAAUGGAAUGACAUUGAACUCUACAAAGCUUUCAAUGGCCUGAAAAACAGAAAGAACACCAAGACCUUACUCUGCCUUACUUUGGUUUCCCUCAGUUUCACUGCCAUGGUCUCCACUUCUCAGAACCGCCAGACCUUCAUCACUUCAGUCAUCAAAUUCCUGCGCCAGUACGGGUUUGAUGGAUUGGACCUGGACUGGGAAUACCCAGGCUCUCGUGGGAGCCCUCCUCAGGACAAGCAUCUCUUCACUGUCCUUGUGAAGGAAAUUCGUGAAGCUUUUGAGCAGGAGGCUGCUGAGAACAACAAGCCCAGGUUGAUGGUUACUGCAGCUGUAGCUGCUGGCAUUUCCAACAUCGAGGCUGGCUAUGAGAUCCCUGAACUUUCCCAGUACCUAGAUUUCAUCCAUGUCAUGACAUAUGACCUCCACGGCUCCUGGGAUGGCUACACAGGAGAGAACAGUCCCCUCUACAGUUACCCUACACCAUUGGGUCCUGUGCCUAACCUGCUGCCAUUACAGGAUUAUGUCAUGAAUUACUGGAAGAACAAUGGAGCCCCAGCUGAGAAACUCAUUGUUGGAUUCCCAGAAUAUGGACACACUUACAUCCUGAGCAACCCCUCCAAUACUGGAAUUGGUGCUCCUACUUCUGGUGCUGGCCCUGCUGGGCCCUAUACCAGGGAGGCUGGGUUCUGGGCCUACUAUGAGAUUUGCACCUUCCUGAGAAAUGGAGCUACUGAGGUUUGGGAUGCCCCUCAGGAAGUGCCCUAUGCCUAUAAGGCCAAUGAAUGGGUUG